AUGUCAACAGCCAACCCGCCAAUCCUCUCCCGCUCGACACAACCCACCACGCCCCUCGCCCCUUCUGCCCAAACAUCCUCGCAACCCAGCUCUGGCUUCUCUCCCACAGCAAUAAUAUCACUCGUCGUAGCAAUAAUCCUCCUCCUACUGUGCGUGCCGCUCAUCGCCGUUCUCCUUCGGCGCUACGAGCGAAACCGUCUCGUCAAGACCACUCCCAAUGGUAUAUCUAUUAGCAGGGAUACUUUCAGCAACAGCGGCAGAAGCAGCGCAACUGUCAACGACGGUGCACGCGAAGAACAGAAUUUGGGAAUAAGUCUGAACAGUAUAUUGGUGACGAAAGAAUUGGAGCAGAGGGAGAGUGUGAGGUUGGAGGAGCCGGGACAGGCAUAUUUAAAAGAUCGGGGGUGGGAGUGCGCGGUGACUGGGAGAUGA